AUGAGGACACCAAGUGUGGAGAUUAAAAAGCUUAAUCAAAGUCACAGAGGUAGCAAGUGGCAAGGCAAACCUGGGAUUCUCAACUUGGAAGCUUCACCCCGGAAAUUCACAAGGAGAAUACAGAAAGACAAACAGCGAGAGCAGUCCAGACUCCAGUCUCGAGGAACAACAAGCACAAAUAUGAAAAAUGUCAGAAACACAAAGAUUCAGGCUGUAGCCAGCCUGCUCCAGGCUUACUGGAUCAGCAUCGCCAGAGGGUACCGGUGGCCUUUGCCUAGCAAGCUCUGUGCGGUCUGGAUUUACCUGGAUGUUCUCUUCUCUACGGCGUCUAUCAUGCACCUGUGUGCCAUCUCCCUGGACCGCUAUGUCGCCAUCCAGAACCCCAUUCACCAUAGCCGCUUCAAUUCCAGAACCAAAGCCUUCCUGAAAAUCAUUGCUGUGUGGACCAUAUCUGUAGGUAUAUCCAUGCCAAUCCCCGUCUUUGGACUACAAGAUGAUUCGAAGGUCUUUAAGGAGGGAAGCUGCCUGCUCGCCGAUGACAACUUUGUCCUCAUCGGCUCUUUUGUGGCAUUUUUCAUCCCCCUAACCAUCAUGGUGAUCACCUACUUCCUGACUAUCAAGUCACUUCAGAAAGAAGCCACCCUGUGUGUGAGUGACCUCAGCACUCGAGCCAAACUUGCUUCCUUCAGCUUCCUCCCUCAGAGUUCUCUGUCAUCGGAAAAGCUCUUCCAACGGUCCAUCCACAGGGAGCCAGGCUCCUACGCAGGCCGCAGGACGAUGCAGUCCAUCAGCAAUGAGCAAAAAGCCUGCAAGGUGCUGGGCAUCGUGUUCUUCCUGUUUGUUGUAAUGUGGUGCCCGUUCUUCAUCACCAACAUCAUGGCCGUCAUCUGCAAAGAAUCGUGCAAUGAAAAUGUCAUUGGAGGCCUGCUCAAUGUGUUUGUCUGGAUUGGUUAUCUCUCCUCAGCUGUCAAUCCACUGGUGUAUACAUUGUUCAAUAAGACUUAUAGGUCCGCCUUCUCACGGUACAUUCAGUGUCAGUACAAGGAAAACAGAAAGCCCCUGCAGUUAAUUUUAGUGAACACUAUACCAACGCUGGCCUACAAGUCUAGUCAGCUCCAGGUGGGACAAAAAAAGAACACGCAGGAAGAUGCUGAGAAGACAGGUAAUGACUGCUCCAUGGUUACACUAGGGAAGCAACACUCAGAAGAGACUGGUACAGACAAUAUUGAAACCGUGAAUGAAAAGGUUAGUUGUGUGUGAUGGACAGGACGUUGGGACAAUUGCCCAUGUGAACAAGUUUAUACCCAUGUGUGUGGAGACGGGGAUAAGGGGGCUGGGCUAAAUGAGACUACUCCAGUGGACCAACUAUAAUGUCCUGACAGCAUUUGAGCUAGGAGUGGUACUAUGCUUUUAACAUUGCCAAUGAGAUCUCUAAAAUCAUUGGCCUUUAUUGUACAAUUGUAACGAGGCAUAAAAUCCAUCUAAUUAACUUCUAUUGCCAAAUAGAAACCUGGCUGCCAUGUUGUUGAUGGGUAGCAUGGGAGUCGGUGACCUAUUAUUGUAUAUAAAAAUAGCUAGAAAUACUGAAAAUAAUGAGUAGUCUCUUUAAAAAAAUGUUUCAAAUUCACCACGACAUAUAUUUUGAAAAGAAAAAUAGACAGUAUUAUGACAUUUGUAUUGCUAAUAUAAUUCAUUGAAAUACUUG